CACUCAGACUUGAGUGUUGAAGCCCAACCCACGGCCACUUCGCUCGAGACACACGCCGAACAGGUGAUCCAGUCCCACCUGGGCAACAAAAUAUGAGGAUUUAUCCCGCUUUUAACCUUUCCGGAUACAAUGUUAUUGACUCGUACUGAUUCUGUCUGAAGAGUAACGCACUUCCCUUCGGAGUCAUUGGGAAUAUUGGGCGAAUAUGAAAGUGACAGUAUGUUUUGGAAGGACCCGAGUGGUCGUUCCCUGUGGGGAUGGGAAUAUCCAAAUCCACAAUCUUAUUCAGCAAGCGGAAAUGCGAUAUAAAAAAGCCAUAGCCAAGGACGCCGGCUACUGGAUACACGUUCAUCGGUUAGAACAUGGAGACGGGGGCAUUUUGGACUUGGAUGAUAUACUUUGUGAUGUUGCUGAUGACAAAGACAGGCUGGUGGCGGUCUAUGAGGAGCAGGACCCCCAUCAUGGAGGUGACGGCACCAGCGCCAGCUCCACGGGAACCCAGAGUCCAGAGCUCUUCAGCGCUGGGGAACUUAACUCGAGUGAGAUCGAGGUCACCCCGUCUGCCCUCAGAAGCAACAUGCCCUUGCGUGUACGACGUAGCAGUGACCCGGCCCUGGCUGGCCUGCCUGAUGCCCAGCUACAACCAGAGGAACCUUCCCGCAAGAACCCAACACGCUGGUCCACCACUGCAGGGUUUCUGAAAGUCAACGCCAACAGCGGAACCAAUAGCUUAGAACGAAAGGGUAAGGGUCUGGAUACUUACCGCAGCCUUCCUCGUGAUUCCAGCGCCUGGGCCGCCCAGUUUCAGAGGGAAAACGCCCGCUCCUCUCUCAGUGCCAACCAUCCUUUAGUGGACCGAUGGCUUGAGCGUCAAGAGCAGGAGGAUGAAGAAGAGGUGGAGAGAACAGACAAAGGGAAGAACGGAAGGAUCGAGCCGGUGGGACGGGCAGAUUCCUGCGUAGAAUCAGCCUCACUUGACGAAAUGUUAAAGCUGGUUGAGGUGUCCAACGUCGGCGGGCCACUAGGAAUCCAUGUGGUGCCUUUCAGCAUUAAAGAUAAAAGGACGCUGGGUUUGUUAGUCAAGAGGCUGGAGAGGGGCGGAAAGGCAGAGCGCGAAGCUCUGUUCGAGGAGAACGACUGUAUCGUCCGGAUUAAUAACGCAGACCUGCGCAACAUCCGAUUUGAACAUGCCCAGAAUUUGUUCAGACAAGCAAUGCGUUCUCCACGUAUCCUGUUCCACGUAGUCCCAGCGGUGAAGAAACCUCAAUAUGAGGUGCUGUCUCAGAAUGAACUGGGCCUGCAGUCUGGUUCUGAUCCUGGUGACAGAGGGAGUGUGGUGGGAGGAGCUAUGGAGUACAGUCCAAGGAGGAUGUCUGAAGCAGAAUCGAACCUGGGGUAUCCCACGUUACCGCACCUGGCAAGAAGGACCCCACCGGGGCCCAUCCAUCCCGCCAGGCCUACGAGCGCCGCCUCUUCUGUGGGUUUCUCCAAAAAGAUAGGACGCAAGUUUAACGUGCUGCUGAGGAAAGGUCCCGAGGGGCUGGGUUUUAGUAUCACUUCCAGAGACGUCCCAAUUGGCAGUUCCGCCCCCAUAUAUGUGAAAAAUAUUCUCCCCCGUGGAGCCGCCAUCCAGGACGGACGUCUGAAAGCCGGAGACCGGCUGCUAGAGGUCAACAGAGUGGAUCUAAAUGGAAAGACUCAGGAAGAGGUUGUGUCCCUGUUGCGCUCGACCCCCAUGGGUGGCACUGUAGGUCUGCUCAUCGUCAGGCAAGAGGAUGCUUUUCUGCCCCGUGAAGUAAAAGAAGAACAAGAUGACUUAAUCUUAACCCCAGAUGGAACAAGAGAGUUCAUGACCUUCGAAAUUCCUCUGAACGACUCGGGCUCGGCUGGAUUAGGGGUUAGCGUCAAGGGCAACCGAACCAAAGAGUCCCACGCUGACCUGGGUAUUUUCGUCAAGUCUAUAAUCACUGGAGGGGCUGCCUGCAAGGACGGCCGAUUGAGGGUCAAUGACCAGCUCAUUGCCGUCAAUGGAGAGUCUCUAUUGGAAAAAACGAACCAGGAAGCAAUGGAGACCCUUCGCAAGUCCAUGUCCGUAGAGGGCAACAAAAGAGGCAUGAUCCAGCUGAUAGUGGCCCGGCGGGUCGAGGGAAGAGGAGAGGAAUCUCCAGGUAGUCCACCUGUGCCAGAUUUGCCUCUGAACUCUCCACUUGAUGAAUAUGAGCGACGGAUCUCUCAGUCACACUAUCCUGGAGAGAGUGUGGAUGACAACCACAGCCCACGACAUAACAUGAUGGGUAGAAUGAUGGGUAACUACCAGCUGUCCCCCACCGUGAACAUGCCAAGAGAUGACACCGUCAUCAUUGAAGAUGAUAGGCCACCUGUUCUUCCUGCCCGCUUGUCUGACCAAUCAUCAUCGAGCUCACACGAUGACAUGGGAUUUGUGACAGAGAUGCCUGACUGGCCCAAAGAUGUCCAGAUACAGGAAGAGAGUUCACUCAGUCCUGACGCAGAUAUGGAUGACAUGUUUCUCCGGGAGGGCUUCGGUCGGCAAAGCAUGUCGGAAAAGCGAACCAAACAAUACGCCGAUGCCGCUCAACUAGAAAUGAUCAAGAAUCGCAAAUCGAAGAGUAUGGACCUAGAAGCCGACGAGUUUAACCUCACAUCCCGCAAAGAGAGGAUAGAAGGCAACUCAACACGAGACGUUGGACCGUCGUUGGGCCUAAAGAAGUCUAGUUCCUUGGAGAGCCUCCAAACAGCUGUUGCCGAGGUGACGCUCAACGGAGACGUCCCUUUCCACAGGCCCCGCCCCAGAAUCAUCAGGGGAAGGGGAUGUAACGAGAGCUUUCGAGCGGCCAUCGACAAAUCAUACGACAAGCCAGGUGUGAUUAUAGUCAAUAAUGAUGAAGACGACGAGGGCAUGGAGACACUGGAAGAAGACACAGAAGAAAGCUCGCGAUCGGGCCGUGACUCCAUUUCCACGGCAACCGACCUCAGCCUUCCGCCCGGCGUGGAGAAACAGGUGAACGGGGGACAUAACAAAGAUGACAGAAAGAAGGAGCGAGGAGGGAAGGACAAAAAAGACAAGACUAAAGCCAAAAAAGGCGUGCUGAAAGGAAUCGGUGACAUGUUCAGGUUUGGCAAAAACAGAAAAGACGAGAGGCAAGGCGACAGGAUCGAGCGCAAGGGCUCCAGCAAGAACAAGAUGGAGGAAACUCAGGUCACAGAAGAGGAAACGCAGAGAAUGAGACUAGAACAAGAGAGGAUUCAAGCUAAGACCCGAGAGCUUCGAGAGCGACAGGCCAAAGAACAAGACUAUGCUGAGAUCCAGGACAUCAGAACCUUCAGUUCGGACGAGGAGCACACCUACGCGGGGAUCGGCUCUCUGGACUCUUCUCUGAACAGCAGUACGGACCUGAGCCAGAAUCCUCCAGCUCCGGAAAGCCCCAGAGACCAACCCCUGCCCUUAGAAUCUCUCUAUGCCCAGGUCAACAAGCCCCGCAAUGGACGGACACACUCCACAGACAGCAGCAGACUGGCGCCUAGCAACCACGACCGGAUACAGCAGUUACGACAAGAGUUCCAACAAGCCAAGCACGAGGAAGACCCCAAUGACCGCCGUCGUAGCUACAGCUUUCAGCAGCAGUCGUGGGCCAGUGCAGGGUCUUACACACCAACUGGACGCCACUCGGUUUCUGUGGAGACCCAAGUGCAGAGACAGAGAGAGGACUCCUUCACACAAGCCCAGAGGCAAUACAAUUCCUUACCACGGCAACCUCGUAAAAACCCCAGUACAGUAUCUCAAGACUCGUGGGAUAAAGUCUACCCUCCUGGCGAGGGAUUUCAGACCGCCAAAGAAAACCCACGCUACUCCAGUUACCAGGGAUCCCGAAAUACCAAUGGCUACCUAGGCGCCGUCUCCACGGGCAUGAACGCUCGAGUACUCCUGGAGACCCAAGAGCUCUUGAGACAGGAGCAGAGACGAAAGGAGCAGGAGGCGAAAACCAAGCUCUCCACUAUGCUGGAGACAGCAAGCCAGCCUCAGACCUCUGCUCCCACCACACCCAAAGGACCGUAUCGACAAGAUGUGCCCCCGUCGCCCACUCAACUCGCUCGGCUCAACCGCAUACAGACCCCUGAGAAGGGCCGUCCUUUCUACUCCUGAGACAAGAGAUCCAAGAAAGACAAACUGUAUCACAGCAAUAAUGUGUGUGGAGAGACACAGAACUGACUAGCCGGAGGAUUCUGGGUAAUUGGUUGUCAUUUUUGAACCCUUCUUCUUGUUUUUCUAACGUUUAAAUGAAUUGAAAUUUGUACACACUGAAGAUCUUUGUCUGAUAUUCAUCUCCAGUCCUCUCCUUUGACAGGUGUAUGCAUUGGUCUUGAAUACAUUGACGUUAGUUAUGACACUUGGUGGGGCCUUGGCUUGACAAUCACAUGACAGCCUGCCUGAGGCUUUGAUACAUGACUGUUCCCACAGUAUUGUGACCUACAUAUCAUGGGUUUUAGCAAGUAUGCAUGUAGGUGGAUGAAUCGCAUGCAACCUGUCAAGAGCGGUUCAUACUUCACUCCAAAAAUACUACAUGCAAUACUGUUCAGGAGUUUUGAAACACAAGGAUGAAGGUGUAUGCUUACCGUAAAUGUUUGAAAUUACGUUUGUAGACAAAAGAUUCAAUUGUUCAGUUGUGCCAACAUGAAUGAAAGUGAUAUACAAAAGAAAAACAGCCAAUAAGAGCCCAUGAUGGAUGAAAAUUCCUUCAAUAUUGUUUAAAUAAAGCUUCUCAGACUUCAGAGAUAAUUCGCUAGAAUAUGAAUAAAAAAAUAUUUUUAUUUUAUUUUAUAAUAUAAUUUUUUUUAUUAUAUAUAUAGUGAUUUAUCACCUUUUAUUGGGAAAGGACAGUAUGGAGCUGAGAGGAAUUUGUUGGGCAGGUAUAGGGAAGCGGGUUCGGCAAAAGACUCGAGACGGGAAUUGAACUCGGGUCGCAUUACGAAUAAAAAAUGUUAACGAAUAUAACGAAAUAAAACGAAUGUUUCAAAACCUUUGAACAGUAAAAUGACAAAAAAAAUCAUCAAUGAUUUUUCACUUGGGAGGUCUUUAAUUAGCGAUUUUGUUCCGUUACAAUUCACAUCAUUUUCUUGUUACUGUUUUACAGUAAAUGUUACUGUAAGUUUUUUUUUAAUAAGAUGAGCAUAAAUUAACAGGCACUACAACAGAUACUACCAGGAUGUAUAACUACUUUAUAAUUUGAAUGAUAUACUGUAUCAUUAUUGUUUUCACGGUACAGUAAUGACAUUUUGAGGUGGAAAAGAGUAUGUAUCAUGUGUACAGGCCAUGUACGCAGUGUCUAGCUAUACUAGAUGCUCAUGUCAUGACCUCACAACCCUGCAGGUUUCUGCUGCUGAAAUCUCUUUAACCCGUCAUACAUCUCACUUGCACAUCAUGUGACACCGCCUAUGCCCACCCACCUCAUUAUUAGUUCCGUCUUCAGCUUGUUCCUCUAUUUUGUGGCAGUCUAAAGAUCUCAUCCUGUCUAAUGGUCAUCUAUCCCAGCCCAGGAAUUUACCAUUUGUGGUGAUUAAGUAACAUUUUAUAUGUUUUUUUAAAUAAUUGGUUAAAAUGUUUCCUAGUUUAAUAUGCAAGCUUGACUAUUAAUUGUUUUGGUUUUUGUCCCUCUAACAUGCACUAAUGAGACUAGUGAGACCAUUAGCGUAUGUAUAUUAAAGUAACCAGAGUCAUUUUAACCACUUAUGUAUUUGUGAUUUACAGUAUAGUGUGAGAUUCAUUGCUUUUAGACCCAUCAAGCGUGGAUGUGACUCUCUGACCUUUUUCCCCAUACAAACUGUCUUUGGUUUCAGUGACACAGAGGCCAGAUCUGUUCCACUUUUUCAUUUAUCAUGUAGGUAAAUGGGCAGUUGCUCGCGCACAUGUUCCACAAUAAGCUCAGGUUACAGCUCGCCCGCCAGUAGCCACGGAUACUUUGUAAAACCUGUUUAAAGGAAUAGCUCACCCCAUAAUUUAACAUCUGUCAUCAUUUGCUCAAUUUCAUUAUAAAGGCGACUGAUCACACGCUUUUUUACCUGUCGAUAGUGACCAGGCUCUGUCACGCUCCAAAAAAAUCUAAAUAAUAAAAGUCACCCAUGAAUUUGAACGCUAAAAUUUGUACGACAAAGAAUUAAAUUUAAAUCAGAUUUUUUUCAAACUUUGUGCAUCUGAGGACGGAUUCACGAAACUGUUCUUAAAGGAGCCGCAUGUAAAAUUGACACCUAGCGGUUGAGCUUGGUAUCGCAGUCCAAAUUUUUAAAUAUCGGCGAGGGGUUUUCCCCGCCCCUCCUCAGACUCCACGCUCACAGGAGUUGCCAGACACUUAUAGGAGUGUAAUGGAAAGCAUCAACUCUUGCAAACACUGUAAGUUUAUCUGAUAAUUUAUACGUUUGCAGUGGUUUUGUUGUUUGCAAAUAUAACUCAAUCAGCAGCACGUUUCAGAGGUUGCGUCCUCCGGAGGUUGCAUUUACGGGCCAUAUUGAGGUCUCAUUAUAAUAACUGUAAUAAAAUUGUAUAUUACUCCUCGUAAGUUGUAAAAAAAUAUAGUAAUUCUUUCUAAGUUUGCAACGUAAUAGUACCGGAAAGGGUGGAAUCGUUUGUUUGCCAGAUCAUUUGUUUGCUGCAAUAUGUUGUGAUUGUCGGCAACUGGCAACCAAGCUGUCAAAAUACACUAGUGGGUAAAUCGUCAGUGGGCGGGGUCACACGGACUAAAACAAAAACAGACAUUAUGGGGCCUCAUUUAUAAAACGUGCGUACGCACAGAUUUGAUCGUAAAGAGUGCAUACGCAAAAAAUCACGGCAAUGUUCAUAUUUAUAAAAACGGUCUUUAACGUGGAAAAGUGCUUAGCGCCACGUCAGGGUCUGAGUAGACGUACACAUUUUCCUUGUCCAAGUGCUGCAGGUUUUUGGAAAUAUAAGUCAUUCUUACCGCUCGUAUAGGAUUUGGACAUUGACAGGUGCUCUUUCAUAUAUCAAUGACAUUAUUUAGACAUCUUUAAAAGACGGAAAUCUGAAACUGUUCAGCUGCGUGCAAUUUCACGAUCAUUUGCGAUUUCACAUCUGAUGGAGAGGCGUACGUUCGUUCUAUGAAUUACACGUACGCACUUUGAGAAAUGAUCGUAAAAACCCAUUUAGGGCGGUUUCUACGCAACAUUUGAUAAAUUAGGCCCCUGGCACGGAACGCACAUUUCAGAGUGGAAUACCUGGCUAUAGCGUUGUAUUUUGGACAAACCAAUCAAUGAACUUAAUAUGUUCGUAGACAUUUAGGAAACACACUAAGGUAUUGUUUUGAUUUAAUACAGUAAAUAUAUUACAUACAGGUCCUUUAAGACAAAAUAUAAGAUUGUUCUUAAGAUCAGUUAUAGGAAGUUCGUAAGAAUGUUCCUUCUUAAGAAGUUUUCAAAUAUUUUCUUGAGAAAAUCUUAAUUUAUUUCAUAUAAAAAAUAAAAUGGCAUACUUUGUAAAUCAUCUUAUGAAAAAAUGUAAGAACUGUCUUAAGACGUUUUUUCUGUAAUACAAAAAAUUCCUACAUUUGUUCUUAAAUUCGAAAGUAAAAAAAUAUGGCAGUUAAGCAGAAUUUUCUUCUUGAGAAUGUUUUGUGAAUCCAGCCCCUGGACACCUCACGCCAGGUUUGACCUCACUGACCUCAAAUGGCAUUGACUGUGGCGUGUCUAAAACUUGAACGAGCAGGAUUUUUACCAAACAACUUCUUAAAUUAGACUACGUCUGGACUUCUUUUAUGGUGUUUUUAUUUUGGAGCUUGGCGAAAAAGUAGAAAGGUUUAAACAUAAUUCAAAGCAUAUCCUUUGGAGUUGUUAUAAAAGAGUAACGCAGUCCUUCAACACUUUUGAAUUUCAUUUUUGGCUAAACUGUUCCUUUAAAUUCAGAAAUAUUAAUUUAGAAAUCUAACAAAUGUGACUUUUGAUAUCCGUUUGUACAGUAUGUGUGUGUGUGUGAGAGGGGGGGGGGGGAUGUAUGAGAUUGUGUAUCACCAGUGCCUGUAACACAAGUCCCUCUUGUCUAUGAACUGUAUCUUGGCAGAAACAUAAAACACUUGGCCACAUUUUCAAGAGCGAAAGCUGAAAAAGUGCAAUAAGCUCUCACAAAAAGGAAGGCCAAGCCCAUUGACCGAUGUACUUUCCUCCAAGUCUCUCAAAGUGAGUUUGGAACACAAGUCCUCCUGGCGUCUCUCUCUGUCUCGCAUCCAUUUAUCGUGGAAACAUUCAGUACGGCUAUUCUGUACACCAAGCAAUGAGGGAUAGCUUCCUGCUCUCUGAGGGUUCGGUACUUCCUCCCUAGACACUUAUCGGUUCUGUGGUACGACAUGAUGUACUCUAGUAUUGAAUCUAUGAACAGAAAAGGUGGAAACUAUUUUCCAGAUCCUUUUUUUACGUGCGUGGUGCUGGCUGCUUAUCUAUUUUGUAUAACGUUGUAUACGCAAGUUGUUUUUGAUGGGAAGUGCCUGUGUAUGAAAAGGGAUGUUUUUAUAUGUUGAACAUUAACGUCGUACAAAUGCACAUAUAUUUACAAUGAAAUGAUUUCUUUUGAUUUUUUCUCAUGAUCCAGCAUUUGUUGUAAUCAAGGAUUCUGCUAAUCUGCACAUUUUAAUGUAUUUGUAUGAUCUUUGUUUAUGUAUUUCAUAGGUACAAUGGUGUUCUGAUAGCUCCUGUAUGAGUGCAUAUAUUUUUUUACACACAGUUUUUACCUAAUGUGUCAAAAUGUACACAAAGCUUCUCUGUACAUAUCAAAUCUAUAUUCAAUAAACAGUUUCUUCAUUCUGUUUACAGUAAGCAUAAGUGUGUGUCAUUA